UCCUCGAGCUCGAUUUCAGGUCAACCUCUUCCUCAACAUCACAUCUUCGCGACAACUUCUUCUUCGCCACUUCAUCUCAUGAUAUUGCUGUGAUAUCUUCUGCCCAGUACUACCACAGUACUCUGCGGAUUCCUCAACGCGCUACUUCCACCCAAGUAUUUCUCGACGACAAGAAGCUCUCGCAGCCCCUUAUACCUUUUGGGACGCGACAUUUUCUCCGACAUAACUUGAGCAUUGUCGCAUCGCCUUUCCAGACCGCUAUCGCAAUUGCCUUCCGCGGAGGCCUUUGUAAUUUCGUAGCAUUGCUAUCAGAAUGGACGCGAGACCUCAACGACCGCUCCGAGCUGCUCGUGCUCAACACGACGAGAACUCUGCUACCGAUACUAGUCAAGCCGUCUACAAUCAACAUAAGUCUAUCGGAGGACUCGCCAGCAUGCUCCCCAACGCAAUGAAGGCUCCGGCCAAGAGAACUGCCUUUGGUGAUGUCAGCAAUACCUCUCGAAUGUUGCACUCAACUUCACACGAUGAUUCUGCCAUUGCUUCGAAGAAGAAUCUCGACCUUCCCAAGCCUGUCCUGAACAACAAGCCUUCUGCGCUCCUCCGACCUGCUCAGCGACCCUUGACUGCUAGCUCUGCCCAUUUUCCAGCUCCCUUUAGCGCCGUCGAUACCAUCGCCUCUGAUCCCAUCUCAGCUUCGAUUGCUGCUAAGAUAUCUCUUGUCGAGUCGAAGCCUCUGGCUCCUCCACCAAAGCGUGCCAUGUCAAAGCGAAACACUGCUAUCUACAAGGACACCGAAGUCGAAAGUGUUCCUGUCGCUCCGGUUCACCAAAGUCUUGGACCCCGACACCAUAAGAGUCAGCCCGAGUUGAAGCAAGAGAAGCACAUCAUUCGCCGAACACAAAGCAAGAUCGUCGAGACCAACUACGCCAAUUCACUCGAAGCUACCUAUCCAAGUGAUCCCAUCUAUGAAGACGCACAGGAGCAACAGUUCACCAACAUCAACGAAUCGAGUGACUCCAGCACCGAAGAAGAGAAGAAGCAACCGCAAGAAACAAUCGCAGAGAGUGCUUUCGACUUGCAACAACGAGCAUUGCCACCUACACCUCGCGCUGAACCGGAAGAAUACUGGGAGGAUGAAGAGGAGGAGGUCUACGAUGAACAAGGAUACACUACGGCCCAUUCCUACAGAUCGCGUGGUGAUAACACGACUGGUGGCGCAACUACAGUUCUCUUUCCCAAGGUCACUAACAAGGCCAAGAAGGAACUGGCUGCUGCUAAGGAAAUGGUUGAGAGUGCCCGUACUAUUGAAGAUAUCGAAGAUGAAGCCUGGGAUACUAGCAUGGUUGCUGAGUACGGCGAUGAAAUCUUUGCUUACAUGCGCGAGCUUGAGAUCAAGAUGCUUCCCAACGCACACUACAUGGACAAUCAAACUGAGAUUCAGUGGUCAAUGCGCUCUGUCCUCAUGGAUUGGUUGAUUCAAGUCCACUGUCGCUUCUCAUUGCUCCCGGAGACAUUGUUUCUUUGUGUCAAUUAUAUUGAUCGAUUCCUAUCUUGCAAGAUUGUCUCCCUCGGCAAGCUUCAGCUAGUUGGUGCCACGGCUAUCUUUGUUGCUGCCAAGUACGAGGAGAUCAACUGCCCAUCUGUCAGCGAAAUCGUCUACAUGGUCGAUGGCGGAUACACCGUCGAUGAGAUUCUCAAGGCCGAGCGAUUCAUGCUUAGCAUGUUGUCAUUCGAACUUGGAUGGCCUGGUCCAAUGAGCUUUCUUCGCCGCAUCAGCAAAGCCGAUGAUUAUGAUCUUGAGAGCAGAACAUUGGCCAAGUACUUCCUGGAGGUUACUAUCAUGGACGAACGUUUCGUUGGUAGCCCACCUAGCUAUGUUGCUGCAGGUGCUCACUGCUUUGCUCGUCUGAUGUUGAAGAAGGGUGAUUGGUCUCCUGCUCAUGUGUACUAUUCCGGCUACACCUGGACUCAACUACGACCUUUGGUAGCUAUGAUGUUAGAGUGCUGCGAAAGUCCACAGAAGCAUCAUCAGGCUGUAUUCGAUAAAUAUUCUGAUCGUCGCUACAAGCGUGCAUCUCUCUUCGUCGAAGUCGAAAUGUCCAAGGGCUUCACUUUGCCAGCACCUGUUUGCAACAUGCGACCAUCACUGCCUUCUCUUGAAGAUGUCGCUGCCAACAUGCCAUUCGAGACCCGCGACUCAUUCCAAGAUAUGGAGUCUCUCGUCGACAUCGAUACGGUAUUUCCUACUCGACCAUAUCUGGAUCCCCCAAAAUACCUGCUUGUUAGACCUUGCUGCAGCUUCGCAGCGAUACUCGGUGCAGUCUUCCUGAUUGUACUCGCAUACUUCCCCAACACCACACCGAAUUGA